AUGAGCCUUUUCGAGGCUGAAUCGCUGAGAGACGAGACGGCAUUCGAGAACGCAUUUACUGUUCUCGAAAGUUAUCUUGAUACCUCAGCGACCAGUGUUGAAACUGCGAUAGAUAGUAUGUCCAGAGUCCCCCUUUUGCUCGAAUUUGCCAUAUCAGUCAUAUCCGAUUCCAAGUUUGAUUUAUUACAAAAUAAUCUCAUCAGCAAUUUCCCUUGCGACCUCGAGUCAUUUUGUUCCUCAUUAGCUUAUCGUCUCGUAGAUCAGUUUUCGUUAUCUCUGCUUUUCUUACCAUAUUCGUCUCCUGCAGAGGAACCGGGCCUACUUGGACAUUAUCGUCGAUCUGUCCAGCUGGGUUAUGCGGUACUGCAAGCUCUCGUCACACAUUCGUUUCCCGAACAAGAUCUCAGCCCUGAGGAGCCCGAAUCUCCUGAAGAUGAAUUUGCAGGUUUCGCCGUGAAACGGAAGAGCCAGAAAGCCAAUAAGCGAGGAAAGCGAUUGCGAUCCCAGUCCGUUCUUGGUUCGAAAGUAUUCGAUGAUCUGGGAGUAGCCGUUCCGAUAGACAAAAUUGAAGCUGGUGAGCUGGCCACAACCAUCCUCCUGGACCAGAAGGAUGCUCUCCAGAGCUACCUGAAUAUCUUGCGAUCCUCUUGUCUUCGUGAGGUUUUGAGGACAUCGUACAUACCCGUUCAAACGAGCCCAACUCCCGCUGAGAAGCCUGACAUUGUUCAACCUUCAACAGUGCAAAAUAUUGAAGAGACACCUCCUGCAUAUCCAAUUGUGCAACCGAUGCGGGCCGCCUUAUAUUUCGACAGCGCAGAUGGAUUUGGUGAAUGGCGCGUUCUUAUUUCUGGUCGUGCCGAUGGCGAUCUCCGCCAAGCUCGCAAAAGAAAUUCUGCUCUUUUCAAUGUUAUACUGAAGAAGAUCAAGGAGCUGUCAAACGGCCACUUUUCGGACGACAAUCACAAACAGUUGACGGGUCCAGAUACCGAUGUGCCAAUUUACGAGGCUAAAAUGACAAGAGAUUCACGUCUUGUGAUUGACUGCGCACCUGAGUUCGAGAGCAAUGUCGAGCGACAGGUAAUCAAAGUGUUUGGUAUAUAUACCCAUGCGAAGUUGGAUAAGCGGUUUUGGGAUGCCAUGAGUUACCAACUGAGUUGUAAGGGGAAGGAAUAUAGGCGCAGGUGUAUCUUCCGUAAUCGUCCUUCCAAGAAGGGAGGAAACGCACAUGUCAUCCUUCCGGCAUCGUUCCCUCCUCCGGAGGACAUACCUGAGACUCCGUCACAAAAGAAUUUACCAAAUCUCCACAAAGACGACCUCGAGAAGCUCCAUGAGAUGCUUGUACUAGAGAAAUACGUGACAUUUUCUCAGGCGCUUUUGAAUAGCAUACUAGCUGAUGCAGAUGUUGCUCAUGUAUUUGAUGUCUCGGCCCAAGAAAAAGAUAUUAUUGAGCAUGCUGCGUCCUGCUACGUCCUCGGAAGAAGUGGAACAGGAAAAACGACGACGAUGUUGUUCAAGAUGCUAGGAAUCGAGCGAUCUUGGCAAGCCUAUCGCGACACCCUUCCCAGCAAGCCACGUCAAAUUUUCGUCACCCAGUCUCGUGUUCUAGCCGAAAAAGUACAAGAAUUCUUCCUGAGAUUAUACGAGUCUCUGUCCACUGCAGACAAGACUCCCGAAGAGCUUCGAGUGAUUGCGUCUCAAAGACAGGCUCAACAGGAGCAAGGACUUGUGGACCAAGACGAGGAAGUACAUUGGCGUGGAGAUCUACCAAAGCGGUUUGCUUCGUUGGACGAUAGUCACUUUCCCAUGUUUAUGACUUUUGACCAGCUGUGUCGUCUUCUGGAGGCUGAGUUUAGUGGCUCGCCCACCAUCAGCCUAAAGGUCCGUUCUCCGGAUGAGCCUGGUGGUUCACUAGCAAGCCCCAGCGAUACGCAAAAUAUCUCAAACGAUUAUAUGCAGCAGCGUCGCGCUGCGUUCGUAUCAUAUAGCGUGUUCUUGGAGUCGUAUUGGACACAUUUCCCUCAGCCAUUGACCAAGGGUCUAGACCCAGCGCUGGUCUUCGGCGAGUUUAUGGGUGUGAUCAAGGGCUCCGAACAAUCACUCAACAGUGAGAAGGGAUACCUGGACAGGGAUGCGUAUUGUGAUUUGAGCCAUCGCACGCAGGCGACAUUUUCCAAUCAACGCGAGGUGAUCUACAAGUUGUUUUUGGUGUAUCUCAAGCGCAAGCGGGAACGUGGCGAUUAUGAUGCUGCCGACAGGACGCACGCCAUUGUAAAUGGUCUGGGGCUUCACGGUGUCCCAGGAAAGCAAGUUGACUUCAUUUAUGUUGAUGAGGCACAGGACAACUUGCUUAUCGAUGCCCUUGUGUUGAGAACUUUGUGCAGCAACCCAGAAACGGGAUUGUUUUGGGCCGGGGAUACUGCCCAGACAAUUUCUAUGGGAAGCGCCUUUAGGUUCAACGACCUCAAGGCUUUCUUGUACAGGAUAGAGGCUACAGGUGUUCCGAAAGAGCUUGCCAGAGCACCGCCUCGCUCCUUCCAGUUAGCAACAAACUACCGUUCACAUGCGGGAAUUGUUAAUUGUGCGCACUCAGUGAUUGAACUUAUCACUCGGUUCUGGCCCAAUGCAAUCGAUACGUUGGCCGAAGAAAAAGGCAUCAUCGAGGGCCUCAAGCCUGUCUUCUUUAGUGGCUGGGAUGAAGACACCGUCAGAUACGAACAGUUUUUAUUUGGCGAAUCAGGAAGCCCUAUUGAGUUCGGUGCUCAGCAAUGCAUCCUUGUUCGAGAUGAUGCGGCACGUGAAAGGCUACGUGCUCAAGUUGGUGAUAUUGGCUUGAUCAUGACACUUUAUGAAAGCAAAGGCUUAGAGUUUAAUGAUGUCUUGCUUUAUAACUUCUUUGCGGAUUCUACGGUCGACCUGGCACAGUGGCGGGUGAUUCUAAAUGCGAUACCCGAGCAACAAAGCAGAAAGUUUAAGGCUCCGCUGUUUGACGAUGCGCGACAUAAUGGUGUCUGUCGUGACCUGAAAUUUCUCUACGUUGCAAUCACUCGCGCGCGCAAGAACCUCUGGAUUGCGGACAGCUCCGACAAAAACGGUCCUAUGCGGGAAUUCUGGACAGCCAGGGACCAGGUUCAGAACUGCACUCCGGGAUCCGACGUUCCCAGUCUUGCUAUGUCGUCGACGCCAGAGGAAUGGGCUAAGACUGCAUUCGCUUUAUUCAACAAUAGGCGAUAUAUGCAAGCGAUGCACUGCUAUGAGCGCGCAUCAAUGCCUAGAGAGAAGGCGGCUGCUUACGCUUACUAUCUCCGAGAACAAGCAAGGAUGACUACUGUAAGUCGCGGGGACGACACGGUACGGAUUGCGGCAUUCAUCACUGCUGCGGAGGCAUUUUGGUCCUCAGCAGAAGCAGCAGUGAAAGAACGACGCUCGUAUUUCCGCAUCGCCGCCGAAUGUUACUUAUCCGGUGGUGACGACGCAAAGGCUGCCGAGGCUUACCUGCAUGCGUCGGAGUUCACCCUCGCUGCUCAGCAUUACCGACGAGCAGGCAUGUUUGAUCAGGCCGUCGGCGUCAUCAAGGCCCACAGGAAAGAUAUGGACCAGCGCGUCGUGGAGCGAAUCAUCGAUGUGUCCAAAAUCGAAUACCUCAGGGAGCGUAAGCUGAGACAAGCUCGAGAAUUGUUCGAGUCAGAUGAAGAAGCCUUGGAGUAUAUGGAUGACUGCGGCUUGGAUGUUGCACGAGCCACCUUGCUUGAAGAACUGGAACGAUUUCCAGAGGCGGCAGAACUGCAUCUAACUGAAGGCCGCACCGCAGAAGCGAUCAAGCUGCUUGUCAAGGACAAGAGGAAUCCCGACUCACGUCAACGUGCGUUUCGUUGGCUGCUGAGUGGACUGUGGCGUGGUCUGUCCCUCGGGGUUAGUCCAGCCUCGGAUUUGGCCAAAGAAAAUGAUACUCUGCAAGAACUGCUUUCCAUGUUGUCAGCAAUACAACCGGAGCACGCGGACGAGAUGGCGCAGGACGAGAUAUUGAUGUUCAAAGCAAUUGUGUCUGGGAACUCGGCGAUGCUUCUCGAACUUGGUACACGGUUUCAUCGUUGGCACAAGGAUGAUGCCGCGUCGUUACUGUGUUUCGAUUACGUGUUUUCAAGCGCACCGAAGAUCCAAGUUGCGCCGCUCCAGUUUGUUGCAGCUACACUCCAAGAGUUUCUUCUUUAUGCGAGGUUAUUACAGAGGUACGCCUGUGACUCGCACCCAUGCCUCAACGAAGAUAUUCGGAGGUUAUUCGGCUUUGAGACAGCGACAGAAGAGUUUUUCUUGGUUCCCCGCGAAACGCUGCUCUUCACUCGAUGUAACGACCACCCGACGUCCACAGUUCGGGACGCGGAUCGAGGCCUCAUGAUAUUGGGUUGGGAGCUCAACAACAUUCUACGAUUCGUACUCCGAGACCGCCUCCAUAAACGGGUUCUUGAUGAAAACGAUAUUUGUUGCAAGGCCCAGGCAUUUAGACCCUGCCUCCCUUUUACCGUGUUCGGCAGAUGCACUCGAUCGGAAUCAUCGGCUUGUCCUCAAGAGCAUAUUCAUGCCAAAGAUUAUAGUAUUGAUGUAUUCAAUCUUCGCGUCCGAGUUCAUAUCCAGCAAAUACUCAUAUAUAACACCUUGUACUCCAUUGAGCACCCACUUAAACAAGCAAGGCAACACCGACAUUGGCUCCGCCAACUACACGAUGCUUUAUUCCCCCCGGCGUACAAGAUGGGGUCUAUACACAAUCUUCGAGAGCUUAGUAUUCCUGAGUUCGACGAAGGCAUUCAGAUUGUGAAAAACUGGGUCGUUCAAUCGCUCUAUGAUCUAACGGCUUUUGGCCCUGGUGGUUAUCGUCCCACUUUUUUGACAUCAUUGCUAAGAGCUACCACUCUCGCACAUGCUUUCGGCAGGGAAACUAUAGAAAGCCAUACUUUUCGUGUCCGCUGUAUUUCUGUUGCAAGACCUCCUGUGCUCCUGAGAGGCAAAGAGGGCGAUCGGGCCUACGUUGUGCAUGACUUGCUCGGUUUUUUGAACAACGAUCUCUCACCUUCACUGGUAAGGGGUAUUUUAUUCAUUCGCCAUAUCCUCGAAAACCACAUUCCCAUAGACGUCAAUGUUUUAUGUGAUACCAUGGACAUAUUGUGCACUUGGCUUGUGCUGUUCUAUCGAUAUCAGUCGAACUCUUCUCUACAUUCUUUGCAUGAUAUUACACUCCCUCGGAGCUGGUUGAUGCGCACGAGCAAUCACUUGUGGAAACUGGACAGCUUCCGAGACAUCAAAUUGCUGCAUCUGUAUCUUGAGCCUAUGGCAGAUCUGUUGGUGCAUAUGUAUACGGGCCUAAAUGCGGGUUACCUGCUGUUCGAAAAUCGCGAUUUGUCCACGCUAGGAUAUCAAAUUCGCAAUGCAUUCACGGUUCGAGUAAACAUCUGUUUGUUGGGCUAUAAUACGAGAUCUCAUUACUUCAGGGACAUGAUCCUGCGAGCUAUUACAUCGUUACGCAACCACGGCCGAAAAUUUGAGGAGAAUCUGGAUCCUUACGUCAAUUCCAGAACUUGGUGGGGUCUCUCUCAAGCGGUUCGCAAUUCUACAAUUGGAACAUCUUUGGACGAAAUGAUUCAGGUCCACGAAGCAAGCCGUACAUCUGCCGAGAUCCACCCACUGCCCAACGUUCGUCGCAUUAUCUACAAUACCAUUGGCGAGAUUCCACAGCUCCUACGAAGUGGAGCAUCUUCAUUGCCCAAGCCUAUUCUCAGAGCAGAUGCAGCCCCAUUUAUACCCACUCCUCAGAAUGAGGAGGUGAUGAAUGAGGAGCCCUCCGUCGAAGGAGACGGCCAGGCGAAUGAAUUAUCGGAAUCGAUGGAGGUUUUGGACUCGGAGGAUGAAGCUGACCUCAAUGAUCAAGUAUCAGGUGGUAACGAUGGCAUGGAUGAUUUUUCCCUUGCUGAUGACGCCAACCCCGUUGACGCGGUGACAGUGCCACCGGAUGAGGAGUUGCAGGCUGCCGGCUUCAUUCUUGAUGUAUACCGUCGUUAUGCUCAUCGGCGCAGUCGGGCCGAAUCCCGCACCAGUCCCGUUUCUGCCAUUCGACAACGAGUCAUCGCCUCCUUCCAAGACAAUUCAACGGCGAUGACAUGGCCAUUCAAGUACUACCGGAUGCUGUUUCUUGGACCACUUCCUCAUGUCUUCGUCUGGCUGGAGUGCGCGCAGGAUUACCUACACAAUUCCAAGAAUCAAGCAAAGAAACGAUUGAAAUCUGCCAUGCACCGUGACCUAGAGGAUGUAAGAGAGGAGUUGACCAAGAUAUCACAACUCAUGAAAGAAGUAAAGCGCCUACAGAAGGCCCUACAACCAGAGUCAGAUCUACAUAUCAGACGCGAUCUGGAAGAAUUGAAGGCUCGUGUUCUAGAGGUCGAACAGCUGGCGCACCGUUUCCCGUCGGGUGUUACAUCGGAGUGGCAGGAAGACUUGACGCUGGCGAUGAAGGGGAUUGUGAAGACUAAGCCGCUGCCGGUGAAGAAGCCGCUGCCGAAACUCAACGUUGACGACCUAGCUGAUUAUGAUGUAUGA